GAUUUACACCCCAGGUGACGCCUUCAGAACUCAUUCUGUAAUGUCAAGCCUAGAGUGCAAAGUGAGUGCUGAUACAGAGGAAAGUGAAGAGGAGGUUGAAUUUGACAAAACCAAAGAAGAUGUGUCUACCAUGGCGGAAACGUUGAUGACCGAAAGAUGGAAACAACUAAAAGAAAAUAGGGAGGCUGAUAUUCCUAAAUGUUUGUCAGUUAAUUCUUUAGACAACGAAACAAAAUAUCAUAAGCUUAGAAGAAGUCACAUCAUGAACAAGGACUACAGAGAAAUCCUUGGUAACCUUGAUUAUUUAGACUGUGUAAGUCUUAGUUUAGUGGAUGAAGUUAGCCAGGGCACGACUAUUAAACCAUUCUUACAGUUUAUGAACCCAUUUUCUGAGUGCAGCGUACAGGACUUGAUAGAAUGGAUGGAAGAUUCCAAAGACGUCCUCAGAAAAACACAAUCAACACAAUGGGGCAGUGUUUCUUCUAUUUUCUUUGCCGUGUAUACAAAAGAGGCCAUAUUGGAAUUCAAGGAAAAAGAUCUUGUUAAAGUUAUUGAUCACAGUAUUCGAUGUGCAAUAGAGAGCGAGAAUUGCAUACUCGUUUCAGAGCUUGUGAGGACAUACUUAUUUGAUCACGAUAUUCAGUUGCAAAGAAUGUUUGAAGAUAUGAAGGAUAUUAGUCCUGCCAUUAUUGAUACAAUCUUACAAACAGUGAGAACUCUGAUUUUGAGAAAAUUCCGUAAUUUCCAAAACAAUGCUAUCAUUCUGUCUUUCUGUUUGGAGUGUGGACAAGAAAAUCGUCUGGUGAUGAUCAUGUCAUACAAAGGGAAUUUAGAAAUGAAAGACAGAAUUCCAGACAAAGUCCUGGGAUUUGAACUUGUCUUGUAUAACAUUACACAACCAUCUGAUGAAGCAUCUCAAGUCUUCAAAUCCAUUCCAGUUUCAAAGAAAACUCCUUUACCAACUGUCACAUAAAGUGAAGCAAGAGAACUAUUUAGGAAACACUCCAAUCUCACAAUGAUAUCAGCCUCACCAUAUAAAUCAGUGGGAUAUUCCAAGGGGAAGCACAGAGUUGUCGAGAAACUGUGUAUCAGUCUGUUUUGUCUACAUAAAGGCUAUAUUCCCUAUGGAGAAGAACAAUUUCCAAAGAAAAUCAGAGACGUGGAAGUAGAUGUUCAGGAGGGAUACUGCUACUUCGGUGCUGGAAGAUCACUAGAAUUAGGAGGACACAUCAAGCGUUUAGGGAGUGGGAGUAUCGGGGGAUUUGUAGAUCUCCCAAAUAAUAACGUCGGGUUGAUAACAUGUGCUCAUGUUGUAUUUUCACCCGAAGAGUUGUUGAAUAGGCAGAUCACAGAUACUUCUCAAAUUGAAGUCGAGGCCUUUGAUAAAAGACAUCAUUCCUAUAUAGCGUGUGGUAAAUGUGAACGUGCAAAGUUCCCCCAAUGUUACCUGAUUGGACAACCUGUUUUGAAACCUGAUUCUAAUGUUGAUGCUGCUUUAAUUGAACUUGAUAAAGAUAUCGACACCUUUGAGUUUCGGGCUGUGACCUCAGAACAGUUGCAAUCUGCAGGUUUUGACCCUAAUAAUCCACCAGUAUUUUCUGGAGAGGUUGUAUCUUUGCCUGAUCCGGUUCCUGUGAACAAACGCAUAGAACUAAUUCCAAACAACUCGGACAUUGUUGUAAAAUAUGUAACUGUGGAUGGAACUACCAUUGGUCAGGAUUACGUAAGUAAUCCAACUUCUGGAGAAGUUGCCUCUCUGCAUGACUCGGAUCCUGUUUUCUAUGUCAGUGAAAAAAGCUCAAACGAAUCAGACAGUGUCGUAAAAUAUGGAGCUGUAACUGGUUUUACCAUUGGUAAUCUUUAUUCAAACCGUGUACAUGCACGAUUUGUUCAAGAAAGUCUCAACCUACCAGGGAAUUUACACUACGCGGUUAUGUGUGAUCAAAUUGAAAUUCAAAAUCUGCCUCAAGGACAGUUCUUUAAGGUUGGUGACUCGGGUUCGUUCGUCUUUUGUAUCAAUCCUGAUAAAACACUCAGCUGUCUGGGGAUGGCAGUUGGACUCUCCACACGAAAUUCUUGUCUAGUGACUCCUAUUGGCAGAAUCUUAGAAAAUAUUUGUCCUCGUGCUCGUUUAAAACCGUGUGGUUCCUCUGGAACAUCGUCACAACAUCCAUCAAACACUAACAUUCAGCAACAAUCAACUGACACUGCUUCAUCGCAUGCAACAUUACAUUCUAUUCUGGGGGAAAUGAUGAUGACGAUGCAGAGAAAUAUUGAAACGAGUUUCCAAACUUCAUUACAGAAUGUCGAAAGGAAUGUUGCAAGUGUGCAAGCUUCAUUACAGAAUGUGCAAACAGAAGUUCGAACUCUACAGAGUCAGGUUCAACAAAUUAAGGAUUCCAAAAUUCAGUCAUCGUCAAAUCAAUCCAGUGCCAAUCAAAAUUAAGAUUAUGUUUAGAUGUGCCAGCUCGAGAAAUUCAGAAUAAUAUUCAAAUAUAAAACAAUUUCUGUAAAUAGGAUGCUGGGUUGGCCAGAAUAGUAUAGCUUAUUUCAAUGCAUAUCAGUGUACAUUACCAUAGCAAUUAUUCUACUGUUAAAAUGAGACAUUGUGUUCAUGGGUCUUUUUCUUUUUUUAGUGAGAGAUAUAUGUCAGGAAUGUUAUUUAUUCUAAAUGUAUAAACAUUACAUAUCUCUACAUCACUGUUUUAUUAUGCUCAUGUUUAUUCAAACAUUUACUAGUACCCCUCCUUCAUCCUGAAGAGAGGCAUUUUUAGCUCACCUGAGCCAAGGCUCAAGUGAACUGUUCUGAUCCCAUUUUGUCUGGCGUCCGUCUAUAAACUUGUUUUUAUAUUUUCGACUUCUUCUCAGUAACCAUUGGGCCAAUUUCAACCAAACUUGGUCAAAAGCAUUCUUUAGUGAAGGGCUUUCAUGUUUGUUCAAAUAAAGGGACAUAUCACUUUCAAAGGGGAAAUAAUCCCAAAAAUGUAAAAAUAGGGUGGGGUCAUUAAAAAUGUUUUCUCAAAAACCACAGGGCCAUAUAAAGCUGAGAUUUACAUGAAGUCUUCCUGACAUAGUGUAAAUUCAAGUUUCUUUAAAUGGCCCAUGGGAGUUGGAUGGGGCCACAAUAGGGGAUCAAAAUUUUACAUGCAAAUAUAUAGAACAUAUCUUUGAAAAUCUUCAUCUCAAGAACCACUGAGUCAUGCAGAAAAGCUGAGAUUUACAUGAAUGCUUUCUGACAUAAUGCAGAUUCAAGUUUGUUCAGAUCAUGGCCCCCCGAGGGUUAGCUGAGGCCACAAUAGGGGAUCAAAGUUUACAUGCAAAUACACAGGAAACAUCUUUUAAAAUCUUCUCAAGAACUACUGAGCAAGAAAAGCUGCAAUUUAUAUGAAAGUUUCCUGACAUAAUGCAGCUUUAAGUUUUUUUUAAAUCAUGGACCCCGAGGGUUGGAUGGGGCCACAAUAGGGGAUCAAAGUUUACAUGCAAAUACACAGGAAACAUCUUUUAAAAUCUUCUCAAGAACCACUGAGCCAGAAAAGCUGAGAUUUACAUGAAAGCUUCCUGACAUAAUGCAGAUUUAUGUUUGUUAAAAUCAUGGCCUGGGGGGUGGAUGGGGCCACAAUAGUAAUGUUAUAUGACGCAGUGUAACUUAUUGUUUCAUCCAUAGCUAAACCAUACUGAAUCAAUGACUGUAAUAUUUCACUAUUUUGUAUAUACUUGGAGCGCGUUGCUUUUUCUAUGGAAUAGAGUCAAUGACUGUAAUAGGUUGUUGUACAUUAUGGUGAUCUGGAGCGGGUUUUUUAUUCCAUACAUCCAGUGUUUAUGAUUAACUAGAUUAUAUGUUAACAAUUUAUUUUACUUAAUAUUUUGAGUGGCGUAGAACUCUAGAAAGCCAGUGGUAGAGUACAAGUAUGUAUGUAAACAAUGUCGAGGAAAUUCGGACUGUGCACGAAUACAUGUUCACUUUUUUAUUACGUCUUGAUUAAUGAUAUGAAUGAUAUUAUUUAGUUGUAGUUGAUGUAUAAGCAUGUUUGAUCCAGGUAUUAACGUGUUACUGAGUGACGAAAUGGUAUGUUGAUGUAUGUAUGCAACCACUUGUUUUCUGUCUGCUCGUUUCCGGUUUAGCACGCGACUGAUGUGUAGUCGAUCAAUUUAUUGUUAAAUAUUGGUGAUUUAGUGUCGGUAAUACUUGAAUUAACAUGGUGUAUUGUUGAAAUAAUUGAGUGAAAGCUGUUUAGUAUUUAGAGCAUUGCAUAUUUCGAUUGUAAACUUAUUCUAUUUUCUGUUACUUAUCAUGAACGAAAGAGUGAUGUAAAUGAUAAAGAACAAGGUACGGUUUUAGCCAAAAUCUGCCCUGUCAAGGAAAUUCACCAAAAUACUAAAUCUGGUAUUUGAGAAUGUGCCAUUUUUGAAAAUGAGCAUUGUUAUUCUUUAUCUACAAUAGUAGCUGUAAUAUAUUCAACGGAAAACUUUAUAUUAACCUGACGACGUCACUAAAUUUGACGUUAAUUUUGACGUAAUAUACGAGAGUUCUCCCCAAGCGAUGUUUUGAGUAGGAAAAUAUAAACUGUAUCACACAUAGAACUAUUAAUUCUUAAUAAAUGAGAAAUUAUUGGUUUCUGUACUGAUUUGAAUGGGUAUUAAAUGGAAAUUGAAACCACAUCAGAUAUGCCGCACAGGGACAAAAACUGCAGGUAUUCGCGGAAAGCUUUUCUGGUGCAGAAAUAUAAUGGUUUGAACACCAAAUUAAUUAAAGAAACAGUUAUUAUGCUGGUAACAGUGAUUUCUUAUUUCUGUCUCCAACUUCCUUUAUUGUGGAGAAUUUUAAGAUUAUUUUUUUUAUAUUUGUUAAGAGUCUCGCGUGCAUUCGGAAAAAAAUGAUGACAUCAAAGGCAGCUCAAAUUCAAAUCACUGAAUUUUAUGCGAAGUUUGAGUUAUCACCAAUGUAAUUUUUCACGAAUCGGAACACAAUAGAAUUCAUCGGUAUUUGUUUUUAAUUGGCAUACGCAAUAUUCCAUAUAUGUAUAUUCUCAAUAUUAUAUGCGUGGUAUUAAGUUGGAGCAAAAUGUCAUUUCAUAGGUAUACUCAGGAAAAAACGCAGCGUUUCUGAGAAACUAGAAACACAACUUCAAAGGGAAGAUAAUUAUGAAACGGUUAGGGUUAUCAGUGAUAUGGCAUUCGCUUCGUAACCGGGAGGUAUAGUGUGUUCAAACCCCGCUCAUGACAUGCCACGUCGAACCUGAGACGUAGACAUACAUGUGCUCUUCGACAAACGCUCGACAAAAGUGAGAAUCACGGGUCUUUCAGAUAGGCACCUGAUGCCACCUCGACUGUGUCCAGGGGUCCGUGUUUGCCCUACUCUUUAUUUUGUAUUAUUUAUAGAAAUUACGCAAAUUCGAAUUCAUCACUAUUCGAUAUCUUCAGCUUUUCGUGACCUUGAAAAAGGAGGUCCUGUGUCACAACAGGUAUUGGCGCGUUAAAAAAAAUCAAUGCUAUAGCCUUAAAUGCUAAUCAUAGGUUUUAUAUAUGUGGUACUUCACAUACAGCUGAUGAUUUCUCAAUUUGAGAGAAAAGUUCUCGAAAGGACGUAAAUAUAUAAACAAACAAAACUCUCUCUUCUCUCUUCUCUCUCUCUCUCUCUCUCUCUCUCUCUCUCUCUCUCUCUCACCACUAUCAGGCUUGUCAAUGUGUUCGGUACUGUACAACUGAGCGAUACAAAGCUGGUACACCCCAACACUUGGUUUGCGCAAUUUAGUGUCAUUGUAUCCACUUUUGCUCAAAGAAACCCUCUUAAAAGUUGUAAAAUACAAAAAUCAUUCGAUAGUUUAUACAAGAGAAAUAAAACUUAAGACUUGCUAACCAACCCCUGUCCCAUGAUAAAAGAAAACCAUUCAAAUCUAAACUGCAUUUUCUCAUUAUGCAAGUAUAUACAUACAUCGUAUAUAUAUCUCGAAUGGAGAAAAACAAAAUUUUGACGGAAUGCUCAAUACUGCGAGUCUCAAUAUUAUAUUUAUAUAUAGAUCUACCCAUAUGUUGUGUAUUCGCUUUGUGUAACCUCCCUCCCCCGGACUGCAUUUUAAAUAGUAGUAGAGAAAGAUAGAUGAAAUGUAAUUGUAAGUGAUACAUUGGAUACAUGUAAUCAACCCUCUCCAUUGACCAAUGAUACCAAAAUCCCUAUUUUUGUGUUUGUCAAUGUUUUCGAGAAGUCAAUCCCCCCCCCCUUUUAAAAAAAACCAAAAAACGACCUAUGCACCUACAUGUAUAAUCUAUUUCAAUCAUUGUAAAUUAAAAUACAUAUAGUAAUACGAUCCGAGUAACACAUAUGGAGCAAAUUAUCUUUCAGGCACCUCAAUUUAAAAAUGAUUUUAAUGAGUAACAUAUAUUCCCUAGUAAAAAGUGCCUUGCAAGAAAUGUAUAUUAAUCCCUAUCUUAGCUACACAAACUUUUUUUGUUUUGUAUUGUGUUUUCAAAAAUGAAAUAGUUUCGUAACCAUUGCAGAUUUAGUAGAACACUGAAGACCCUCAGUGCCAUAUUGUGACACCGGUCAUCCAGUGUUAAGGUCAUCUCCAAGGACCCGUGACAUUCACACUUGAUGCCGAGCAUUUUGGCGAUGAAACUGUCACUACCUGUUUUAACAACUUUGAUCUGUCGCGGCCGGGAUUCGAACCCCGGGCCUUCCACUUGCGGGGCGAACGCUCUAACCGCUCGGUCACCGCGGUGGUGUAUAUUUAUAGAUAGUGUGCUUAAAAUUUUAUAUUUGUGAAUAACCAUCGUAAACUUUCUGACAAUUAAAUUGUUGUCUUUGAAAAAUAUAAAAUGUUACACUCGAGCUAAAUACGUCACUGAUGUACGUACGUACCUAGGUGGAUAUUGUCGUCUGCUGUUACAUGCCGUUUCCCAUUUAAUCAAAUGAAUGUGAAUGGUAAAAAAUAAUGCUUGAAUCUUCAAGGAAUAUACUAUUUAUUAAAAGAAUCGUCCAUCGUUAUAUAAACUAUUUAAAUGUAGUUUGGCUGGUAUGUAACAUGAAUUCUCACAAAUCGUCGGUUGGUGCUAUUUAUAUACCGUUCUGUUUACACUAUAGUCAUAACAACAAAAAUGGCAUCCGGUCUGUAAGAUAGGCUUAAAUUUAUCCGGAUUUUUAUUAUUAUUAUGAUGAUUUUAAUAAAUGUCAAUGUGUUUAAAUAAAUAACUAUAUGAGCAUAUAUUAUUUGAAAAUAUAUUUACUACUCAAAUGAUUCUCGUUUCCUCUUCAACAGCCACGAUCAACGCAAAUAGCCGUCACGAUGGCGAAUUUGUUAGCAUCUUUCAACUGAUAUUUUAACCCCUCUUCUAUCGUCGCCCGGGAUGAAACUAAGAUGAAUUGUAAGUUAUUUAGUAAAUUUUUAAUCCAUAUAAAAAUUAUUCCGGGCGAUGAGGGAAGAGGUGUUCAAUUUCACAUGUUUAUCAAUACAAAAACCAUGAAAACACCACAAAUAGCCUGAAAGCCCUUACUUUAUUUGAUUAUGUACUACGCAUGCGCGUAGAUGAGUUGAUUUCCAUAUGCUUUUGAGAGUUACUAUAAGUUACUCUUUUAGGAAUUUGACAGGAAAAUAUCUGCAACGCAAAAUAAUUUUCCUCCAUAAACGCCGGGCAGAAUUUGGCUAAAACCGUACCUUGUCCUUUAUCGGUUAUCGAUUGAUUUCUUUAUAUCAUCCGACAGGUGGCGUUUAAGCAAAAGCGAUUUUUUUUUACAGUGAUCCUAUGAAGUAUCGUGAUUUAGUCACAUGAUUGAUAAUCGAUAUGUCCCGCUUAUUUUUUUAUCGUUUGGUAAUUAGUAUAAAUACCGCAGAUUUGACGUCAUUGAGUCGAUUGAGAAUAGUUGGUACUUUUGGUUGUUCCAAAUUUAUUUUUAUUUUUAUUUUAUUUCAUUUUAUUAUUUAUUUAUUUAUUUAUCUAUUUUAUUUUUAGGACUAGAUUUUAUUUCUUUAAAUGAUCGUUAUAAUGACCGAUGCGGUGAUUUAACUGCAAGUUGUUAUUUUCAUGAGUAUUUAUGGAGUAAAUUUUUCGGAACUUUAUUAAUUUUGGAAAUUUAAGUAUUUUUGAUCGAGAAUUAUUUUUGGAUAAGUUAAUUCUCAAUUCAUAUAUUUUUAGUAUAAAAUUUUUAGUUAUAUUUUAAUGAUAUUUUUAUGCCCCCGAGAUCGAAGAUCGGGGGGGGGGGGGGCAUAUUGUUUUUGUCCUGUCUCUCAUUCUGUAAUUCUGUCAUUCUGUCUGAAACUUUAAUCUUGCUAAUGAUUUUUGAACAGUAAGUGAUAGAGCUUUGAUAUUUCACAUGAGUAUUUCUUGUGAUAAGAUCUUUCCGUGGGUAUCAAUAUUUUUGACCCCGUGACCUUGGAGUUUGACUUACUUUUUGAAAACUAUAACUUUGCUAAUAACGUUUGAACAAUAAGUGAUAGCAGUUUUUUAUUUCACAUGAGUAUUCCUUGUGACAAGACCUUCCCGUGGGUACCAACACUUUUGACGCGGUGACCUUGGUGGUUGACCUACUUUUUGAAAACUUUAACCUUGCUAAUAACUUUUAAACAGUAAGUAAUAGAGCUGUGAUAUUUCACCUGAAUAUUCAUUGUGACAAGACAUUUCCGUGGGUACCAACAUUUUUGAUCCCGUGACCUUGACCUUGGAGUUUGACUACUUUUUGAAAACUUUAACCUUGCUAAUAACUUUUGAACAGUAAGAGAUAGAGCUUUGAUAUUCAACAUGAGUAUUCCUUGUUACAAGACCUUCCGUUGGUAUUAAACUUUUUGACCUUGACAUUUGACGUAUUUUUAAUUUUUUUUUACAUUGGUCAUAACUUCUAAAUGGUAAAUAUUAGAGCUUUCAUAUUGUACAUGAGCAUUUCUUUUGACAAGAUCUCUCUACUGGUACCAAGAUAUUUGCCAUCUUCGGAAUUAGCCAUUAUCGGGAGCAUUUGUGUUUCACAAACACAUCUUGUUCUUUCUAGAAUUUAUUAAUAAAUAAGUUAGGAAUCAACGAUAUAUAAAUCAAGACAGUUAAUAAACUGUGAUAUGCUCGAGUGGUUUAGUUUUUAUUUACAUAUUGAAAUAGGUUAAUCAUAGUGGACUAUGCAGUAAAUGAACUGUACGUUCACAUAUUCGUGAUUUAAACAAAUAUUUAAUUAUGUGUGUGAUAGGUUAACCAUAGUGAACAAGUGAGUAAUUUAACUCAGUUCACAACAUGGUCUUCAAUCCUGUUUACAUUCAAUAAAAUGUUCUCAUAACGGGAUUAUUAACUUAAUUAGAGUUACUCCCCUUUACCCAGUCCUCUUACUUUUGGGUGGUUUUAGGUUUAAGUUCUUUUUUUAAUUAAUUAGAUGUAUUGUUAAUGUAUAAAUGAGUUGUGUGAGUGAAGAUAUGAUUAUAAAUGUUAUGUAAUUGAAUAAUCUUAAUAUAAUCGUU